UCUUUAACAUCAUGAAAUUGACGUGCAGAAGGUGCGCUGUGAAAUGUUAGAAAAGAAAUAGGUUUUUGACCAUGGCCACAACUAGAAUAUGUUUUAGUUAUAUAAUUAAUAGAAAUUUAAAUUCAAUUGCAGCAAUCAGCGUUAAAAAUGUAACAAAAAGAUCAUUCCAUCAAUGCUUAAAAUGCAAACAAGUUCGAAAUAUUAACCUAACCUCAAGUAAAUUUUCUUUUCCACAAUUGCAAGUUACUAGCUUUCACACGGCGGCAUGUUUAAACCAAAGAAAAGAUUAUUACAACAUACUAGGCGUAAGCAAAAAUGCAUCUACUGCUGAAAUUAAGAAGGCGUAUUAUAAAUUAGCUAAAAAGUACCACCCUGAUAUGAACAAGAAUGAUCCUGAUGCCCAGAAGAAGUUUCAGGCUGUCUCAGAAGCUUAUGAAAUAUUAGGUGAUGACAGUAAAAGGAAACAGUAUGAUACCUUUGGAACCACAUCUGAUCAAAUGGGUGGUAUGGGUGGAGCAAGUACCAGGGGAGGAGCUGAUGGUUUCCAACAAAGUUGGAGUUAUCAGUCAAAUAUUGAUCCUGAAGAAUUAUUUAGAAAAAUUUUUGGAGAUGCUGGGUUUUCUAAAACACCUUUUGAAGAUUUUGCAGAGUCUAGUUUUGGAUUUGGAGAAGCUCAAGAGGUGGUCGUCAGAUUAUCUUUCUCUCAAGCAGCUCGUGGUGUUAAUAAAGAUAUAAAUGUUAAUGUAGUAGAUACAUGUCCAAAAUGUCAGGGUAGUCGUUGUGAGUUGGGCACAAAACCAGUAAAAUGCACCUUUUGUGAUGGAACAGGUUUUGAGAGUACUACAAGGGGCCCAUUCAUAAUGAGAUCCACUUGCCGUUAUUGUGAAGGUACCAGAAUGUUUAUAAAAUUUAAGUGCACAGAAUGUGAAGGAAAGGGGUCUACUGUUCAAAGGAAGAAAGUUACAGUACCUGUACCAGCAGGUAUUGAAGAUGGACAGACGGUUAGAAUGAAUGUAGGAAACAAAGAAUUGUUCGUAACGUUUAGGAUUGACAAGUCCGAUUAUUUUCAACGGGAUGGCCCAGACGUGCACACAGAAGCAACUAUUUCGGUGUCGCAAGCCGUUUUGGGCGGCACCAUUCGAAUACAAGGUUUAUACGAAGAUCAUACACUUCAAGUUCUACCCGGAACGUCUUCGCAUACAAAAAUUCGGCUUAGUGGAAAGGGCAUGAAGAAAGUUAAGGGGUAUGGCUAUGGUGAUCAUUACGUUACGUUUAAAAUAGCUGUUCCUAAAACGUUGUCUAAGGAACAAAAGGCUUUGAUGCAGGCAUAUGCUGAACUCGAAACCGACACCCCUGGCCAAAUUUUUGGUAUAACUCGUAAGACGAAUGACACCAAACAAAGCACGGGUGAAAACGAAGAUAUCUUAGAAGCCCUAAGAGCUGCUUUGUCAGGAAACUACAAAUACAAAGGCAAUAGCAGAGAAAACAGUUUAGAAGACAACAGUGAGAAAAGAAAAAAAGCAGCUAAAAAUAAAUAAACAUUAGUUUUUUAAAUUUAUUAGUAGUAUCCUGUUAUUUUUUCUUGUAAAGUAAUGGUAGUCACAUGCCUUAAUCAGUUUUUAAAAAAUAAAAUUACAGUUCUACAGUUA